AUGGGGGCUCUACUUGCCGCACCAGCUUGUGCUGCGUCUUUAGCUUGUUGCUGCGGAAGUGCUGCUUGCUCACUUUGCUGUAAAGCAUGUCCUUCGACACGAAGUUCAAUAACGACCCGCGUUAUGUAUGCUGGGAUGUUAUUUUUGGGUACGUUAGUCGCAUGUAUUAUGUUAGCUCCUGCAGUUCAGAACAAGCUAGCUGAUUCGAACUGGUUUUGUCGUGGUUUAUCAGACGCUAGUGGCUUAAAAUGCAGUCGUGCAACUGGUUUUCAAGCUGUCUACAGGCUUUGUGCUGCAAUGGCCUCAUUCUUUUUCAUUUUUAUGUUUCUAAUGUUUGGUGUUAAAACUUCACGGGAUGUUAGAUCGAAGAUUCAGAACGGAUUCUGGUUUUUUAAGUAUUUGCUUCUGAUCGGAAUUACUGUUGGCUUCUUCUACUUGCGGUCUGAAAGCAUAGCAAGCCCGUUGAUGUGGCUUGGACUGAUCGGGGGAUUUAUUUUUAUUUUACUCCAACUUAUCCUGAUUGUUGAUUUCGCUCAUUCGCUCGCGGAGAACUGGAUAAACAAAUACGAAGAGGAUGAAAGCCGGGCAUGUUAUGCAGGGCUUCUUUCCUUCACUUUGCUUUGUUAUGGUGUUGCGAUUGCAGCAGUUGUACUGAUGUUUACCUUCUAUACAUCGGGUGGACCUUGUCAUUUGCCAAAGUUUUUCAUUUCUUUCAACCUGAUUUUAUGCUUCGUUGCAUCAGUUGUAUCGAUUCUUCCUGCCAUUCAAAAACGGAUGCCUCAUUCAGGACUUCUCCAGGCUUCGUUUAUCACUAUGUAUAUAAUGUAUGUUACGUGGUCUGCUCUCAUCAAUAAUCCUGACAAACAGUGUAAUCCAUCAAUUAUCAAUAUUAUCACAAAUCGCACCUCGUCGGGAGAGGUAGAGUAUGGGACUCCGUUACCUGCAGAAUCACUUGUUUCGUUAUUUAUAUGGUUUAUCUGCAUUCUUUAUGCUUCAUUUCGCACAUCUUCAAGUUUUAACAAGAUUGCCGGAGGUUCUGCACACGCAGCUAUUGAAUCCACUGAAGGUGGUUCUGCAGAAAACAUUGCCCAAGAUAGUGACGAAAAUACAACACAUCGUGUUUGGGAUGACGAGAAAAGCGCAGUCUCCUACAGCUAUUCAUUCUUCCAUUUUGUUUUCGGACUGUCUUCAUUAUAUGUUAUGAUGACGUUGACCAGUUGGUACAAGCCAGAAAAUGAUCUACGGUACUUGAACAGUAAUAUGGCUGCCGUUUGGGUCAAAAUUGUAUCAUCUUGGCUCUGCUUGGCGAUAUACACAUGGACUUUAGCUGCUCCUGCACUUUUCCCAGACAGAGAUUUCAAUUGA